AUGAGUGAUCGAGGACGUAAUGAUGGUGAUGUUAAACGGAACAGCGUGAGCAGUGGAAGACCAGCUAGUGGUAGCAAUGCAAGUCCACGUAAUGCCAUAAAAGAGGAACGGGUAGAGAGGAAUGAGCGUGAUCGUACUGGCCGAACAUCUUCCAACGAAAGGCAUCAUCACCGAUCAAGCGAAUACCAAUACAGCAAUUCAUCGAGUAAUAUGGGAGGGCCAUCUAGUGGACAAGCGACUCGUGGAAUGGGAAUGGGGCCAGGUGGUGGUGGUGGUGGUGGUGGUCGAGGACCAAUGAAUAUGAUGUCUUCGAUGAAUGUCCUUUCCGGGCAAGCGUUCAGUGAAACCGAUCUGAUGAGUGAUUUACCGAAAAAGAAAUUUACUGGCCGAUGCCGUUUAUUUGUUGGCAAUUUGCCGAAUGACUUGAAGGAGCAAGAGCUCAAGGAACUCUUUGCACCACAUGGUGACAUCGCAGAAUGCUAUUUAAGUGGGAAAGGAUUUGCUUUUUUACGAUUGGAUACACGCGCUCAUGCAGAAAGUGCUAAGGAAGCUAUUGAUGGCAAAAUAAUACAUGGCCGUCCAGUUCGUGUACGAUUUGCGGUCCACGGUGCAGCACUGAGAGUUAAAGAACUUUCACCAACUGUAUCAAAUGAAAUGCUUUAUCAUGCAUUUUCGGCAUUUGGUGAAGUAGAACGAGCAGUUCACAUAGUUGAUGAAAAGGGCAAGCCAACCGGAGAAGGGAUUGUGGAAUUCGAGCGUAAGCCAUCAGCUAAUGAGGCGCUUCAUCAGAUACGGGAAAAAGUAUUCUUAUUAACGGCCAGUCCGAAACCGUUAGUGGUGGAGAUGUUGGAACCGCGUGAUGAAGACGAUGGUCUCGCCGAACGUAUGAUUCAGCGCAGUGCAAUGCUUCAAAAGGAACGAGAAGUGGGCCCACGAUUUCCACCGGCAAACAGCUUCGAAUACGUAUUCGGGUUAAAAUGGAAGGAGCUAUAUGAGGUGGAAAGACAGCGUAGAGCUCAAUUGGAAGAAGAGCUCAAGGAAGCUCGUAGACGCUUGGAAGCUGAUAUGGAUCUCGCUUACCAGGAUUAUCAAACUCAGUUGCUCCGUGAAGAUCUCGCACGCCGUCAACAAGAGCUUGAGCGAUUAGAAGCUGCAAAACGUGAGCGUAUGGCACAGGUAGCAGCACGUCGUGGUGAAAUGCCUACCUUGCUGGGUAAUUUAGCUGGUGGACCAUCUGGUCCACAAGGUAUGGCGAAUGGACCAGGUGGGAUGUCUGGUGGGCCACCACCGCGUGAAUUUUUCGUUGCUGGUUCUGGCGGAGGAGGUUCGCACCCGCAACACAGAGGACCUUUCAAUUCAAGUGGACAAGGCGGACCUGAAGGACCAAGAGGACAAGAAAUGAUGGGCCGAGGUCCACCUGAUAUGCAGCGCGGUGGACCACCGCAAAUAGAUAAUCCAGGAAGAGGACCACCCUUCCAACAAGGCGGUCAUGGUGGACCAGUCAAUCAGGGAGGUGGUCCUGAUCCGACGCUUGUACAAGGCGUGCAAAAACUACUGCAGAUAUUUCGUGCUGAUGCACCAAGACCUGGUGGUCCACAGCAGGGAGUGCCACCUUCGUUUGGUUCUCCAGGCGGUCCUGGGCCUGGUGGUUUUCGAGGACCCGGAGGGCCAGGACCGAUGGGGCCAGGAAAUUUCGGGAUGCAAGGCGGACCACCGGGAGGUUUCCAUCGUGGACCACCAAUGGGUGGUGAUUUUCCAGCUGAGAAGCGGAUACGUCGAUAG